UUUGUUAAGCAGAUCCGUAUUAUGCACGAAAAAAGGACGUGACUGUUCCAAAAAUGAGCGAUCGGACAAAAGCAAAUGUUUACUUUCAGAUAAAGUGUUACACGGGCAGGGCAAUCACUUCAAUUUUCCUUUAUGUCCGCGUACAAGAACAGUAAACCACUUUUCUUUUUGUCACGUCCCCAUGAAGCAGUGCACCCUCUCGACCUGUUCCUGGUCGGCAGUGGCCCGCAGUCCUCACUCGAAUAAGUGUGUUCAGUCGCGUGGAACAAACAUAUUUCAAAUAAUUUCAUGGCCCAGUCCCGACAAGAUCUAAACUAUACGGACUAUUUUUUUUUUAUCUCACAAUCCGUUCUAACACGGAAAAUCAAGACGGCUGUGUCAAAGGACUUCGACUGUGCAUAUUGCUAUUGAAGCACACGUUUUAUUGUUCCGGAUCACGCAAAGAGUCUGCGUCACAACACAGUGGGACAUUGUUGCUGGAGAAAACAAAGUGGAUUGAAGUUCAUCACAGCAAGAAGACAGCGAGAAGACCAUCAGCCAUCUUAGAUGUCGUCUGAAUCCCAGCCAAGUGAGGUCGCGCUCUAACUGUGAAUAGUUUUUGUUUCAUCAAGUCAUGGACGUGAAGUAAAAAACAUUAAACAUGGCCUCUUCCUCUUUGUUAGCGUAUUGCUGAAAUGUUUCAAAGUGCCGAGGGACCAGCGUCUAAGCGAUGGGCCUCUCGAAAAAGCUGGGACUUAAGGGGGCUAGUUUGUGCACCCCGAAUGAGGUCGAGUAUCAGUGGAGCAGCCAGUCGUACACACUGUCUGAAAUUACCAGGAAAUUCAGAUUGCCUCGCGUGGUUCAGAGUAUAGCAGACUCGUGUAGUGUCGUCUGGAACCAGUUCAGGUUCGAUCUGAACCAGCCUCUGUUGUUGUACAGUAAAAGGGUGGUUCGCAAAGUGAAGGCAAAAAGUUUAAAAUUUGACCAAAAGCAAAACAACUUUGUUCAGUUUGGUCCUCCGAUUAUCAUUCCUGAAGAUUAUGAUGGAUGGUUCAGUGUCGUUCGAACGCAGUCUGAAAUUCCUCCCCGCCAUACGAGAAUCGAAGACGUGGCUAAGAGUCCAACUCGUCGUUUCCUCGUUACAACACAACUUCCGGCCCUUGUCAUCACCCCUGGGCCAAACGGAGAGGCGCAAUACGUCUCGACUGACGUAACACCGGGAGAGGUUCUCACAAAACUGUGUAUCUGUGAAGGAGACUCUACGGUAAUGGCGCAUUUCCCUUCUGUGGGGAAAAACAAAACCUUGUUGAGAUGCAUCGACGAGAAGAGGGAUGAACUUCUAAUUCCGUUUAAGCACAGGGCAAUAAUGUACGAGGUGUUUGACAAGAAAGACAAAGAUCCGCAGGGUCUGGUUAGAAUAUGGCAGAUUGCGCACGAAGGUGAAUAUCGCUUCCCAGCAAUCGUACGUCAUGUGUAUGGUGAUCCCCCAGCUCUGGCCUACUCCUUUACUGGCACCUUACAACUCGAAAGUGCAUUCUACGAAGAAACUGUUAUGGCCAGUACGCUGAAAAACGAAAAUAUCAUGCCCUUAGAAAUGAAAUCAGAAUCUAGGGUUAGGUUUUCUAUUGCCUUAAAUGAAGCAGAUAUAUCACGGACAAGCGAAUACACGUCUGCCAUCGGGGCAUGUGAGGCAACAGCAGUGGAGUAUGUUUCACAAAUGAAGGUUGCGUUUGUUCUGAAACCAGAAAUGCCGUCUCUAGAGGACCUCAAUCUGUCAAUGUAUGAAGCCGGAAGUGACACUGAAGACGUUGAUGCCCAAUCGGAAUUUGUGAUUGAUUGGGAUCCAGAAAGAACUAGUAGUAUCGCUAGUAAUGAACUUGUCAGCAUUCAAAAUGACCAGGCUGAUCAGAGACAACAAUACCAAUCAGUAAUACCCGGUGAUGAUACUGUCUGUUCAUCAAAUACUAAUGCGCAGGCGAAAAGGUUAACCUCAACUGAAAAUAUAGCUUCUCACAAACAUUACGACAUAGAGAACGCUUCUUCAAAGGAUGAUGGAAGUGAGAUAGAUAUGGACAUAAAUGAUUUAAAUGACUCUGGUGUUUCAUUUAAGGAGGAAAUGGUUUAAUAUUUUUAAAAGUAUUUUUCGGGACUGUAUUAAUGAUAAUAAUAAUAACAGAUGAUUUGAACUAAAGUAUUUGUAUCAUGGAACUAAUUAGUUUUGUGAUUGAAAUACAUGUAUUGUGCAAUAUAGACGUAAUAUAAUUAAAUAUCUAUGUUAGUACAUGUAGAUAGCAGGCAUUUUUCUACUUUUUCAUAGAACGUAGGCCUACUGGCUUCUUGCAAGUGACUUGUGUUAAGUUUUUAGUUCUAAAGAACAAUAUGUUCUCUGCUUGUUUAUGAUAAGACUUGUAUAUAAAAAAGGAUUAAGUAUCCGGAUUAGAAUAUG